AAACAGACCCCCCCUUCCAAGAAAGGAAUGUUUUAAAUAAAAAAGACAAUUAACCGUAGCAAGUAUUCCUGGGACGGCAUGGCUGCGACUUCUGGAUCCUGAGUAUCAACGUCAUCAAAACGAGGAAGUGUGAGCGCGAGAAAGCCCCUUGAUGUUUUUUUUUUUUUUGUUUCACAAUUUGGAUUUAACUGACUUCGCUACUGCCCAGUUACGUUGCGCUUUGCCGCGGAAUCCACCAAUCCGCUGCUGGUAUUAACCGGUGGGCGGUGCUGGAAUACACUAGCAGCCGGCGAGCUAGAGAGACGCCAUUUCGUAAUUCAGCGUUUCCCCGGAUACAGCGAGGCUGCAAAACAAGACGGCCGCGAUGGUGAAACUCUUCAUCGGCAACCUGUCCCCGAGCACGACGGCCGAUCAGCUCCGGACGCUGUUCGCUCAGUACGGGAAGGUAACGGAGAGCGACGUGGUCAAGGACUUCGGCUUCGUGCACAUGGACGAGCAGGCGGCGCAGGAGGCGAUCCGCAACCUGCACCACUACGAGCUGAACGGGAGGCUCAUGAACGUGGAGGUCAGCCACAGCAAGAAGCAGCAGCAGCAGCACCCGGACGCGGCGCCCCCCUCGGCCACCACCAAGCUGCACGUGGGCAACAUCAGCAGCACCUGCACCAGCCAGGAGCUGCGCGCCAAGUUCGAGGCGUACGGGCCGGUGGCCGAGUGCGACAUCGUGAAGGAGUACGCGUUCGUGCACAUGGAGCGGGCGGAGGACGCCAUGGAGGCGAUCCAGGGUUUAGACAACGCCGCAUUUCAAGGCAAAUUGAUCAGCGUGAAGCUUUCGACCAGCAACCACAGAACCACGCCAGGCAUGGGAGACAGGAUGAACUGUUUUGUGUGCGGGAGAAAGGGCCAUUGGGCCCAAGAUUGCCGAAUGGCGCAAAAUAAUUCCUACUCUGAUGGUCCUGCGUUCCCCAGGAGCAACGGAUUUCACGAUCCGGUUUUCCGAGGACGCGGUGACAUGGGGUUCAGAAGAGGUGGCCCUGGGGGGCCAGGGUUCGGCAGGGGCGCAGGGUUCGGGCCCGGUCCUGCAUACGGAAGGGGUUCAGGUUAUGGUGGUGGUCCCGAGUCUAUUAGGGUGCCAGGCUAUGGGGUUGCUCCUGACUCUAGCAGGGUUGCAGGCUACGGGGGCGGUCCUGAGUCCAGCGGGUACAGAGGUGGCCCUGGAUUUGGGAGAGGUCUCCACAGGGGCAGGGGUGCAGGGUACAGCGGGGCUGAAGGCUACGGGGGUGUCCAGACGUACAGUGGUGAAGCAGAUUACAGCAGCGGGAGCCCGGGAUACCCAGCGACGCGCCCCUCUCCAUACGGGGAGCGAGAAAGCUACAGUGGCGUCGACUUCUAUGAGCAGUUCAGAUCCCGCCCCCUAGAGGAAAGGCACUCCCUCGCCCCACCUCACCUUCCUCCUCCUCCUCCCUCCUCCAUGAUGAGAGACCGCCUGUCUGCCUCUGCCCUCAACCCCUAUGAGAGGCGCCCCAUGCCAGCUCCCGUCUCCUCCUCCUCCUACUACGCACGAGAGCGCAGCCCCGUCCGCCGGGCUCCCCCUGUGGCAGAGGGGUACGGGUACGAGCGCUCCCGCCUGUCUCCGGUCUCCUCCUCCCUCUCCAGGAGCUCCCUGUACGAGGCGCCGCGGGCGAGGGACCCCUACGCGGAACGGGCACGCUAUGCUUUUUAAUCGCACGUGCCGACAGGUAUAUAGUUACCGCGGGGGGGGGGGCUCCACGCGACGCGAAAUCGCCCCCCUUCUUGUUUCACGCAGAUUGCUUUCGGCUGCGACGCGAACAGGAAGGACAGUUGCGCGGACGCCUCGAUGUGUUUCGACACCUGACCUUGUGAAUUUAUGACCAAUUUUGUCUUUCCUUUUUCUUUUUUUUUUUUCUUUAUUCCGAGGCCACAGAUUUUAUUUUUUUAAUUAUUUUUUUGUUUCGAGUUGCUCAUUAUUUCUGAUGCUGGGGGGGGGGGGGGACACACGACAUGGAUUCGAAGUUUUUUGGAAUCUUAGAUUUCAGGAAAUGCUACAAGUUUGUCAUCUUGCAUUUAAAAAAAAAAAAAAAAAAAAAAAAAUGUAAAAUGAAUGCAGUGAUUUCUCCAAAAUUUGGGUGGUUAAAUAAUUCUGUACAAACACUUCACACGUGCUGUGUGCUUUUUUUGUGAUGUGUGUUCGGUUUUAAACGAAUAAUUUGCAGUUCUCUUUUUAGUGUGUGUGAGGGGGGGGCGGGGCGGGGGGGGGGGGCAGAGACUGGCUUGUUUUGAUACUGGUGGUAGAAUGGGUGUUGUGAUGAAGGGAUGACAUAUUUUAUAAUUUUUACAGAGCAGGUUGCGUUUUUAAAAUAUUAUCCGUUUCUAAAUCUUACAGUUCUCAUUGCUAUGAAGACUCAUGCGUCUGUACAUGUGUUUGGCUUUCUGGAGCUAGCCAGCAUGUAUUGAUCUAAAUAUGGGUUUAAAUGUAUUGGGGUCCUCCAACUGAUUUCUCCUGUCCUGUAGAGAUCUGCUUCAGAGAUGUACGAUGAGGAGAAACACAAUCCAAGCUUCACGUUCGCUGUGUGCUCAGAGUUCAAAUUGGCAAGCUUUAUUUUAUUUUUUUGAAGGUAACAGGGCUGACAAUCUUUUCAAAGAGAAAUAAGACACCAGUUCACAGUUUCAAAGUAUAUUUCUUCUGCGUUUUGCACGUUACUGUAUGUUCCUUGAAAUGAGUUUCCUUUUCAUAUUUUGCUUGUUAAAAAUAAUUGUUUUUUUUUAAUUAUUGAAUAACUAAUACCAACACAGUGAGCCUUGGUUUUAUGUAGUUAUUUUUAUUUUGUAUUCAUCUUUUAUAAAUAAAAUCAGAUAUUUGAGGGAAAAACAAA